CUCUCUACCUUAUGUUUUUUCAUCUGAUAUUUUUGAUAUUUGUAUGGUCGUAUUACCAGACCAUCUUUACUGAACCUGCUCCUGUACCAAGUCAGUUUUAUCUGUCAGCUGUGGAUGUUGACGAUUUAGAAAAUGCAGAGACUGAAGAUGUACAGAGGCAAAUACUUGCCAAGGCUGCUAAGAAGUUGCCCAUUCUAUGCAGGACAAUGAAUGGCUGCAACCGAUACUGCGAGAAGUGCCAGUGUUUGAAGCCUGAUAGGAGUCAUCAUUGUUCCGUCUGUGGAAGGUGCAUACUAAAAAUGGAUCACCACUGCCCUUGGGUGAACAAUUGCGUGAAUUUCUCAAACUACAAGUUCUUUGUGCUCUUCCUUGGCUAUGGCAUUCUCUACUGCCUCUACGUGGCAUUCACCAGUAUGCCGUAUUUUCUCCAGCUAUUUAAUGUCGGUUUUCGCGGGGCUGCGGAGUUUCAGAUCAUGUUCCUCUUCUUCCUUGGUCUGCUGUUUGCCAUCAGUCUUGUCUGCCUCUUUGGCUACCACCUGUUCCUGACGUCGCGAAACAAGUCCACGCUCGAGUCGUUCCGCACACCCAUGUUCACGACGGGCCCGGACCCUCAUGGAUUCAACCUCGGCGUGAAGGCAAACUUCCAGGAGGUGUUUGGGGAUCAGCGUGAGAUAAUGUGUCUGCCCAUCUUCACAGCAAUGGGCGAUGGCGUCACGUUCCCGACCCGAUGCCUCGACCUUGACUCCGAGCACCUGCUAGGCAGUAACCACGGCAACGGGCGGUGGAGCGAUGACGCCGACGACGCGGAUGGUUACGGCGGAUCGCUGCAUCACGGCAUCAACAGCGUUCCCCCGCGUCUCAACACCAUCAGACACUUGUAGUCGUGGCUGUAGGGGGCGACGGCGUGCGCCCGCCUUGGGUCACCAUGCCUCCCGGGCGACGAUGCAGGAAACGUUUGUAUUGUUUGUGCAGAUGUCUGGAUAAGUUUGGGAUGUUUCCGUGUCGCCUGUGAGCUAUAGGAGGCUCAUCGUGAGUGUGCGUGGUGAUGCAUGGGUGUCAGCCAUGUUCCCCGCCACGAUCGCACUGCGUUACCCGCAGAAAAGUCGUUUCGAUCCAGGGAGGAGGGUUGAUUUAACCUCAGAUAACGCGACAGAUGGGUGAUUGAUCGGUUAAUUUCUGCAAUCGUGCCUGUCGUGUGUGCCGACAUGGUCAUCAGCUUCUGGUCUAAAUUUAUCAUCAGUCAUUGUAUGAUUUACAUAGUAGUAUUAUUUUCCAUAUCAUAUGUGGCGCCUCGUGAAUAUUAUGGAGCCAAACCUUAACGUAGUAUUUAUUGUCGGGAGGUGAAUCGUACAUUUCAUUUUCGAUAUUUAUUGUUUCAUGGUCUACAGUUAAAAUUAUACAAUGUAGCCUUUAUCAUGACCACUUCUGUCCUGUUAAGUCAUGUUGUGAUAGAAUUUAUUCUGUACACAUACAUCGAUAUGUGCGUAUUCUUUCGCGUUUUAAUUCGUCAAACGCUUUGCAGUGUUGUAGCAGAGUGGGAUAAUGUUGGAUGGUGAUAAGGUGACGGAAACUAGACCAAACCGCGUGGAACCUGUUUCUAUGUAAACAGUCUAACGUUGACUUUCAAUGGUGCUGGUGCUACUGGUAAACGAGUGAACGAUUUUUAGUAUAGGUGGUUGCUUUAUCAGAGGUAGGAGCAUGUGUCCGCAUGUCUACACUAGUCUAAAAAUGACGGCGACAUCACUAGCUCAUGCUUCUUGCACGAGGCAUGGGCCAUGGCGUGUACUCCUGUCAUGGCCAAGUUUUUAAUGUUACGCUGGUCGACAGCAUAUCUGUCCGUGUGCUACGUCAUGAAUUAAGACAUGUUUGAUUGGACGAAGGAUAAUAACUCGUAGUAUUGUAAUAUAGAUUCCCCCUCAUAUCGGCAAGUAGGUUAUACAGGUUCAGUGUACUGUGUGCGAGCACGUGAGUGAUUUGAAAUCUGCUCACAGGUGGUGCUGAUGGUGCAGCACUGAAGAGUCACACUGACAGCUGUUGUCAUGGUAACCAUGAUGCAGCAUUGAUGGGUCACAAUGACAGCCAUUGCCAUGGUAAUGCAGCACUGACGGGUAACAAUGGUAGCCGUUGUCAUAGUAACGACGAUGCAGCAUUGACGGGACACGGUGACACCCUUUGUUAGCGAUUCUAUUUCAUUUUAAUCGGUCGUUCAUUGUGUCAAGAGCAUAUUAAUUAUUCUAAUAAUAAAUAGGCUCUUAUUAAUUAUAUAGUGUAAUAUUUAUGGUGAGUUUAUUUUGUCUGUACUGUACUUUAUAGUCAUUAAUAAUUUGUAAGUAAUCAAGCUUGAGUUGUGUAUGGCAAGUGAACUAGUUAGUAGUUGUUCUUUGGAGAUGCAAUUCAAAUAUUAAACUAGUUUGCUUUCAGAAUAAAUAAUCGCCCACAUUAGUAUAAGCCCACUUUAUGAGGGAUUUAUUAGUUCACGAUAUAAUUUUACCUAAUAUUUAUCAUAAUAAUAAUCUUUUAGAGAGCUAUAUUUAGCAAGAACUAUUAUGGAAGGAGUAGAAUUCGAUAGAAAUACAUGUUACAUAAGUCAGGGCAGUUUGAUUUUUGUACGAAAACGAUUGAUCCCAUUCAGACUUAAAUAAAAUAAAAUAAAUUCUGACGCCAAUACAAGA